UCAACUGUUUCAGGAAGUGGGGCAGUGUCACCAAAAUCAGGAAACUAAGUGUUGCUAUUAAUACAACUGAGAAGAAGGGCUAUAGCUGGUGAAAGCUAAUGUCGUUUCAGUUGAAGAACCUCCAGUAAACCCGAGCAACCGAAAGGACGUAAUCCGGCAAAUUAUGCUCCUUGUGCGGUGAUUUUAUGCGCCUUCGAGACUUCACAGCCAUGGAUGAACACGUCUCAAGUGUUGAAGCAGAUUAUGGAUCCCUUCCCUCAUAUGACUUGGUAAUUCUGCACACUGCUGAGGCACAGGAAUGGGCGGCAUAUCUGCAGCAGAUCUUGAAAUCCUCUCGAAAAUUCCGCAAAAGGUCUAUUUUGAUGUACGCAGUCAGCUCGGACGAUCAGGUCCACGGAUAUAACUAUGAAUAUUUCCAUAGCUGCAAGUGCAUCGUGCUGCUCCUCACUGCAGCAUUCAUAGACUCUUUGCUCUGUGACCCCGAACUGCACGGGGCACUUCAGAGACUCCUGUACCCUUCGCACAGAGUGGUGGCGUUGCUGUGCGGAUUGUCAGAGGAUGAAAUACUGACGGAGAGCUUCGAAGACUGGCCGAGCUGGAGGAAACUAUAUUCUGAGGAUGAGCCUGCUCUCUAUAUCUCCACCAUUCUGGAGGCCAUCGCUGACAGUAAACGAGCGGAGGCUGAACAUAAGAUUUCUCCCAUAUCUGCAGCCACAGCUGGGUUGCACAUCACAGCAGCCUCUUCAACUGAAAAUCCCACCACUGAUGAAACAGAGGAAGUGGUGUCAGAAGAGCAGAAAGAACCUGUCCUGGAGGAUGAAGGACCUGUAAGCCUGGGGAAUUCAGCAACUGAGGAAAUGAGUUCACCCACGCACGUCACCUGUCUCACUGUACAACCAAACAGAGUCCUGUGUGGGGAGCGGGAAAGAAUUUUUAUUAUUUUCACACACAAAGUGGAUGAGCAUUCGGUACCAGAGGUGGAGUUUUCAUGUGAAAAUGUAGAUGCUAAAAGGGUCCCAGGCACUUUGGAGAAUGAAUACACUAUAAGUGUCACUGCCCCUGAUAUGCCUGCUGGAGUGGUAUCACUCACUAUGUACGCUGACCAAUCAUGUAUCAGUUUGAAGCCUGUCACAUACUAUACAAAUAUGGGAGAAGUCAGUCGGUAUCUUGAAAAUGCAACGGAUCCCAUUAACUUCCUCUGCCAGGCCUUCAAGAUGACGUCCAAUUUAAGAGAAUCACUGGACCACAUGCUAACUGACUCACUGAAAUCCAAGAUGCCUGCAACUAGUCUUCAGCUGUUUGGAAUCAGACAAAUAGAAGAAGACAAUAUGGCAUCAUAUCAGCGUAACGAAGAACUUCCUACUCUGCUCCACUUUGCUGCCAAGUAUGGCCUGAAGAAGCUGACCACCAUUCUGCUUCAGAGUCCCGGGGCUCUGCAGGCUUACAGCGUGAUGAACAAGAACGGAGACUACCCAAACACGCUGGCAGAGAAGAGUGGCUUCUCAGAUCUCAGACAGUUCAUGGAUGAAUUUCUUGAGACAGCAGACAUGCUCAAGUCUCACAUUGCAGACACCGUCAAUGCAGAAGAGUGUGCAGAGGUAUAUGAGAUGAUGUCAACUACAUCUCAAGAUAUCAUGAUGAAGUACUCAGGUGUCACAGAGGACAUAUAUGAGUCUAUGCUCGGGAUAAACCCUGAAUGUGCAGAGGACCUAUAUGAAGUGAUGGAGGCGGUAAAUGAAAACCCAGAAGAAGCUAUGCUUAGGAAGUUCUUCCAAGCAAAACCUCAAGCCAGUGAAGUCAAGGACUGCAACCUUAGAAGUGAGGACCAGAAUACCUUAGAUCAACUAGAAGAAGAAGAGGACCCAUACGACAUGUGCCCAGAGGAUAUCUAUUACACUGUGGAUACAGAUAGUACCUAUAACCCAGGAGUUAUUAACCGUCCACCAGCCCCCAUUCCCAGACCUGAAAAUGAGCCUAGGCCUGAUAGGCCUACGACAUACAUCUCUAGAGUAUUUUCAGAAAAGGAUACCUCCCAAACGGUGGACGCAGGAUAUCAUACAGCUCAGCCUGUGGAGGACCCCCUCUCACCUGUGUAUGACCCCUAUGCUGGGAUGAAGACACCUGGACAGAGACAGCUCAUAUCUCUGCAGGAGAGGGUGAAAGUGGGAGAAAUUACUGUGGAUGAAGCCGUCCAAGAGUUCAAGGCCUGGCAGUUUGACCAUGAACGCAGGGCCAGCUCCAUACGCUAUCAGCAGGAAAAUCUGAAGCGAUUACGAGACAGCAUCACCAGACGUCACAAAGACAGAGAGAAGACAGGAAAAGAUCUUGAUUAUGAGAUAAGUGCUCCCCUGCAAAGGAACUUAUACUGGGGCUCCACCGUGACAUUAGAGUGCGGUGUGUAUGAGCCGACACCCAGAGUGGUGGCUCCGCCCCCAUCAGUGGCUCAGACUGUUCAGAGAGGCACCUGGAAAACAGGUAGCACGUCCAGCACAUCCAGUACAGAGAGCAACAGACUCAGCAUUCACAGCACCGUGAGCUACAGCAGUGGGACAGAGCCCGAAUUUGAGGACUCAUUAGAAAACCUCCCUCUUCCACCACGACCUCCGCGACCCUCUGAAAAUGCACCUGUCGUCCCUCCACCCAGAAUUCCUCCACGGAUCCCUGAAAGGGUCCCAGACAAGAUGCCGCAAGAGCGCUACAUAUCCUGCCCAACUCGAGCACUUCCUCAAAGACCCGCUCCAAGAUACACAGAGACAGCACCUCCUGUACCUCGCCGCAUGCGGUGAUAGGCACAUGGUUUUAUGGAUUGUAGUCAGGGGGGAUUCUUUUUUAUUUAAGAGGGAUGGAUGAGUUUAUUUAGUUUAUUUUUUUCUUUGUUUGCUUUUUUUUUCCUUUUUUGCUUGAACUAAUUAUACAGUAUGUGAGAGUGUCAGAACAAAGCAUUACCCAUAAAAUUCAAUUGUGUGUGUGUGCGCGCGUGUGUGUGUGUGUGUGUUACUAUUCAGUAGUGAGUGUAUGUUCAGUUCGCCAGAGAAAAACAUGUAAUAUUCCUUUUUGUAAGUAAUAAUCCAGUGCUUAUGAUUUUUGUGACAUUGAUAUCUACUUAUUUUACCUCAGACGAUGUCACCAUAAUACUUGUUAAGUUCUUACAGAUUUGAUGUGAUGUUUGUAUUGUAUCUUUCUAAAAUGUGUAGUUUUGUGUACAUCAGAUUUCAUAAAUUCUGAAUUUCAUACAUAAUCCCAAUGAAAUGCUAUGAAAUUAUAGUCCAUUUAUAUUCUUGCUUACAAUAUGCAUGUUAUCUGUUCUUGUGCAAUAUGAAGUUUGGUCACUUGAUGGUGCCCCAUUUUCUCUGUUGGUGCUUCACAGGUGAAAUCCCACCAACAGCUAUUAUAUGUGUGUGUGAAUACUUAAUGUUUGUCUCAAAGUAGUUUGCUUGAAUCACAAAUUACAGACAAUUUCAUGGUUAUGAAUUUAAAUGAACCCUGACUGUUGUAAAUGUCCUGUCUGAAGUUCUCUGGGGAGAGACGCAUAUAAAGUGUGACAAAGUGGAGCCAGAUAGGACUUCUGGUCAAAUCUUUCAAAAUAAAAUCUUUACUGACAAACACACUGCAUCAAAGUGAAAAAAACCCACACACUUUGAACACACUUUCUCAGUCAAGGUGUGCCCAGACUUUUGAUUGGUACUGUAUAUAUUUCUGAAGAUGUCUGCUGUAAUAUCAUUACAAGUGUGUUUUAUUAAUUUCAAAGACUUGUGGCUUAUAAAUGUUAGACAAUGUAAUAAAGAGUGUAUUUUUGCUAUAUAAUGAACAGUAGGCUGCUGACCAUUUAGGGUUAU